ACAUUGGAGUUUUAUACACCUUGGUCAUAACAUGAGAAUUGAACGUUAUCAAUAAUAACCAAUAGUAAUUAAUUGAUAUCUCUUUACAGAAAAUUAUUGGAGGAGAACCGUCAUGUGAUGGUUUGAUAGGCGAUGUAAAGACCGUCAUUGUUGUCAAUGAAAAACAAUGCAUCGUCCAGACGACUUCACCAGUCUCAACUACCAUGCUCUCUCCAUCACCUGCUACCUUCCUUGCAACAUCCUCUACCCCUCCUUUAACAUCUACUGCUAUACCUAUUCCAACACAUACUACCUUUCCUGCAACACCCACUACUCUGCCUGCUACCCUUCCACCAACGGACACUACCUUUUUUCCUGUAACGUCUACUAGUUUUCCUAUAGUAUCCUCUCCAUCACUCACUACCUUUCCUUCAGCACCCAUAACACCCCCACCGACACACUCUACUCUUUUUUCAAAACCUACUACCAUCUCUCCAGCAUUCACCUUCUCCACAUCGGCUCAAACAUCCACCCACAGCAUUUCUACAGGUCCCUUCGAGAGACGCAGACGAGUCGAGGAUGAUGAUUAUGAUCUGGAAAAUGUUGACGGUUACGACGGUGGCAUCAACCUUGCCCACAUGGUUACUGCACUGCUGGUGCUGGUGGUUCUAGUAAUACUCCUCGUGGUAGGUGUAACGAUGAGACAUCGUAUCCUCAGACAAAUUAACAGGAUCCGUUGUUAUCUACGCAUCCGACGCCUCAGACAUCAACUUCGCAGUUCACAACGUCGAGUCACUCAGGAGGAAGACAUCACACCCACUUCAUCACAUCAUGCCUCUCCGUCUCGUCAGCCCUCUCCAUCCCGUCUGCAAGAAGAUGAACGCCGAGUCACUCAGGAGGAAGACAUCACACCCACUUCAUCACAUCAUGCCUCUCCGUCUCGUCAGCCCUCUCCAUCCCGUCUGCAAGAAGAUGAACGCCGAGUCACUCUGGAGGAAGAAGACAUCACACCCACUUCAUCACAUCAUGCCACUCCGUCUCGUCAGAUCUCUGACUCUGCCCAUCGUGAUCUCUCUCUUCACUCUGCUGAGCCAUCAUCUCACACAGACGUUGUUAACCGUUUACGUGACGUUGUAGAGUCGGUUCGUAGGCUGAGACUACAGAGCAAGAUGCAGCGAAAGAGCUCAAGCAAUGUAUAACCUUGACAGUUUGCGUACAUGGUAGAUGUGAUGCCAGUACAGACAGUGUCUUUGUUAACAUGUGUUGUUCAUCCUGACAAUUUUGUUCAUCAUUACAGUUCAUAUAAUUUCACAUAUGACGGUGUGUAACCUGAUGUGAUAACCUUGACAGUUUGCAUACAUGGUUAAGAUGUGAUACCAGUACAGACAGUUGUCAGUAGUUGUUUUUAAAAAUAAACAGAUUGUGUUAA